AUGGUAUUCACCUCUCCCUCACCCUCAACCCCUCUACCAACCAAGCCAGUUCAUGAACUCGCCUUUGGCUACCUGAAACAACACAUCAAAGACCGCCCAGAUCAGCCAAUUUACACCAAUUUUCACACUCAAGAAGACGUAUAUGGUCAAGAUAUCAUCGACCGUAGUACAGCUAUAGCCAAGUUUUUGCUAAAACUAGGCUUGACUAAAGGUGAUUAUGUUGUGACAGCGGUGGAAAAUGGCUGGGAGUACAUUUGUGUUAAUCAAGGAGCAUCGCUAAUUGAGACUGCUUUGAGUGGUGCCAAUCCGAUUUAUACUGAAUGUAAGUGCCUUGGCCUAAACAGCCCAAUAGUAGAAUUAUCUUGCCUUGCCUUGCCUUGCCUUGCCUUGCCUUGCCUUGCCUUGCCUUGCCUUGCCUUGCCUUGCCUUGCCUUGCCUUGCCUUGCCUUGCCUUGCCUUGCCUUGCCUUGCCUUGCCUUGCCUUGCCUUGCCUUGCCUUGCCUUGCCUUGCCUUGCCUUGCCUUGCCUUGCCUUGCUUUGCCUUGUCUUGCCUUGCCUUGCCUUGCCCUGUCCUGCCCUCCCAUACUCUUUUCAUUUUUCAGACGAGCUAGCCCAUCAAAUUACCCUAUGUUCAGCAAAAGUUGUCCUAGUCCAGGACUAUGUAGUGCCACGUAUUCUUAAUAUAAUCAAUAAAUGCCCACAAAUAUCUACUAUAAUAUACGUGGGCAACAUAAAACCAACAACUACCAAAAACAUUAUUAUUAUCAACAUUCGUGACAUUAUCAAUGACAAAGCCUAUAAGAACAACGACCCUUUGCCUAAAGUUGAAAUUGAUAUAAAAACCGAUGUGUUUACCCUACCAACGUCGAGUGGCACUACUGGUCUACCGAAAGGGGUUAAGGUGACCCACUUUGCUAAUGCUUUUAUUUUUGAAAACUUUGUGAAUCAUUUCACAAAUAAUAUUGGAAAAAAAAUUGAAAAUGACUGGAAUUGGAGAAAUGAGAAGAUAUUGCUUACUGUACCAUUAGGGUUUGUGUUUGGACAAUUCGUGAGCACCAUGUGUAUGUUCGCUGGCGCUAGAGGAAUAUUUGUUAAUGGUGGGGAUAUUCAAGACGUUGUUGAUGCUAUUGAUAAGUAUCAAGUAAGUUGCGGUCAAAAUAGAAAAACUAUUAUAAUUUGAAAAUACGUUACGAGUAGGCUAAAAGUAAAGCUAAAGUAAGGAAAAUUGUAGUAAGAUAAGGCAACACUAAGUUAGAAUAGGCCAAAAGAGCAAAGAGUAAUAAAGAAUAAGGUAGAGUAGAGUUGGGUAAAGAUAAGGUAGAGUAAAGUAGUGUCAAGUAGUAGAGAUGAGUAGGCAAGGGUAAGGCAAGAGAAGACUAGGGUAGGAAAAGUCAAGAGUAAGGCCAGAGUAGAACCAGAGUAGAGCAAGGGUAUAGCAAGGAUAGAACGAGGAUAUGGCAAGGGUGAAGCAAUAGGGUAGGGUAGAGUAGGGUAGGGUAGGGUAGGGUAGGGAAGGGUAGGGUAGGGUAGGGUAGGGUAGGGUAGGGUAGGGUAGGGUAGGGUAGGGUAGGGUAGGGUAGGGUAGGGUAGGGUGGGGUGAGGUAGGGUAAGCAACAACCACCAUGAAGUUUUGCCGUACUAAAGCACAAUUUCAGAUAACCCUCAACUUUGUAUCACCCCUAACCUUAGUCCAGCUAAUACGAUACAAAAAGGAGCAUCCAGAGAGUUUAAAGAGUAUCAAAACCUUAUUUUCGUCUGGAGGCCCAAUAAAAGAGCAAGUAGCUGCCGAUGUAGCCAAAUACUUUCCUUAUGUCAAGUUAGCCGGACAGUUAUAUGGACUUACUGAAGCUAUGUGUAUAUGUGUGCAUGAUGCUGUAGUAAGAGGUCCCCUGACUUCAGUAGGGCGGAUCAUGAGCAAUGCUGAACUUAGAGUAGGUUUUUGAGCUUGGUAUGAUUUUUUUUUGCAAAAGCACCCCUUAAAAAAUAAAAAAAAUUUUUUUUUACCCCGCCUUAUGAAGAUAGCUCCUCUGCCCCUCAAAAACGUUUUUCACCAUUUUUCUUUCCUCCCGCCUUUUCUAAAUCUAUUUUCUACAAAACCACCCCUUAAAAUAAAAAGUGUUUUUUUUUCACCCCGCCCUUCAAAAAUAAGUUCCAUGCCCCUUGGCCUAUAAACUUUGUUUACCAUUUACCACCACCACCCCUUCUUCUUCAAAAUGCUUGACAAAACCACCCCUUACAGUUUUUUUCGCACCCCCUAAAAAUAUUUUUUUUACCCCGCCCAAAAUCCUUUUCCUAUACUAAAUCUAUCCACCCAACAGUAAAAAGUACUAAUCAGCACCUAAAUGUAGAUCGUCGACCCAGAAACCAGCGCCGAGCUAACUAUCAACCAGCCCGGAGUAGUCCAAGUCAAAGUUCAUACCCACACAAUUGGCUACAUCAACAACCCUGAAGCCAACAAAGACCUGUUCACUCCGGAUGGCUUCGUAGACACUGGUGAUAUUGGUUACCUAGAUGAAAGAGGCUUCCUGUUCUUGGUUGAUCGCAAAAAAGAAAUGAUUAAGGUUGGCGGAAAACAGGUAUCACCAUCAGAGCUAGAGGAUAUCUUGAUGAGUAUACCUGGUGUUAAAGACUGCGCUGUGGUAGGGUUGCCGGACCCGGUUACUGACGAAAGAACUACUGGAUUUGUGGUCAAAAGUAAUUCAAGCUUGACAGAGAAGAAUUGUCUAGAGGCUGUUAAUAGUGAGUUUGAAAUUUUUUACUUCUUAUACAGUAGUCUCUCUAUAUAGCGGACCAUCUGUAUAAGCAACUCUUCUUGUAGUAAACAAGAAAUUUGGUCUCGCCAACUCAAUUUGCACCAAAAAGUCUCUCUGUAAAGACAACACCCCUUAUAGUAAACACAAAAUGUCGGUCCCUUCGGGUUGCUUAUAUCGAGAGAGUACUGUAUAAAUGGUCUUUCUAUAUAGACCAUCUGUGUAAGCAUCUUUUUUCUAGUAAACACGAAAUUUGACCCCGCCAUGGUACUAAAAAUCAAUCUUUAAAGCCAACACCCCCUUUUAAAAGCCAAAACACGUAACCAACCCAAACUUUUUUGCCUACCAUCUUGCCUAUAUAGGGAGACUACUGUAUUUAUUUAAGUCGUACAUUACAGUAAUACUUUGGCAUUAAAAUCAGCUAAACCUUAGAAAACUGGUGAAGAAUGCCAAACCUAUAUAUCAAGAUUUUCAAGUAAUUCUAGGCCACCAACCUAAUUUUUUGAAAAGAAGCACAGAAUUACUUGAACAGCCUAAUGAUUAUCUUAUACGAGCAUCUAAACAUAUGCAUUUUUUUAUUUUUAAAUUUAAAAUUUUAGUCAAGGUAAACGAAUUCAAGCAAAUAACAGGAGGAAUCUAUUUCCUAGACGCCAUACCCAGAAACCCAAACGGCAAGCUUUUGCGACGGAAAAUCAAAGAAAGGUUUGAUGAGAUCGCCAAAACUAAACCUUCUUGUACAUAA